GCAAAGAGCUGUUCCAUUUUGCAAGACUAAGCAUGAUUUUGACCGGAAUGUGGAGGCAGGAUCCACCUCCCUUCUACAAAUCCGUUAAUUUUUUGUACCGGUCGUAUUCUAUAGUUCUACAUGUAAUACUGUUUUCGAUACCUGCUUUGAUGACUGCCAAUCUUCCCGAUCUCUUGCGAUCCGAUGCAAAUUCAGCUAUCGAAGGAGCGUCGAAGCUUCUUUACUGCGUGAUUUUAGUGGCUAAAGUGUUUUCCUACCAGUCCGGAAGAUCUAGAGACUUACUAAGUAGAGCUAUGGAAGAAGAAUCGCGCUUAUAUUCCAUAAACGAUGAAGAUGUUAUUAGAAUUUAUAAAGGACACGUUAGAUAUUGUCAUCUCUUCAGCAAAUUCUUUUUUAUCUCCACCAUGGUGUCUUCCUCCACCCUAUGCGAGAUUGCGAUUAUCAAUAGCUACAAAUUUUCUAAAAAUGCUGAAGCCGUCGGAGACAAACCCACCCCGUUGCUACUCUGGUAUCCGUUCGACAAAAACAGGCAUCACAUUUGGGUGAUGGCUCAUCAAUUUUUAACGGUUAUGGUGGGCAAUUGUUACGCUUCGGCCGUUUAUCUUUACUACAAUUCGAUAAUGAUUUACGUUAGGGGUCGGUUGCAAAUCCUCCAGCACUAUUUCAGAAAUUACAAAAAAUACGUAUUUCAUGAGAGCACGACGACGUUAGAAACGUUGAGAGCUUUGUGCGUAAAACACCAGGACUUGAUUAGUUAUAUCAAUGAUGUAAAUCGCUCGUUCAAGAGUACAGUGUUUUUGGAAUAUAGCAUCACCUCAGCAAUACUUGCUACUGUUUUAUACCAAGUGAUCGAAGGCCAAGAUGCCUCGUUCAAUAUUAUCUUCGUGUUUAUCGUAAGCAGUCAGUUGAUGCUUCUGGCGUGGACUUCUGACGAAAUCGUAUUGCAGAGUUCUAAUUUGGCAACGGCGCUUUACGAAAGCACAUGGUUUGAACAAUGUCAUGAUUCGAAAAUGUUGAUCAGAUUCAUGAUGAUGGGCUGUCACAAACCGCUCAGUAUUAGUAUUGGUCCGUUUGGACCGAUGACCAUGUUGUCAGCGAUGUCGCGGCUGAAACUUGCCUACUCGUAUGUAUCAGUGAUGACGUCCUAAUCCGAGCAACAAGCGAUAUAUUUUACGCCGAGACGCAUCUGAAAUAAUUAAAUUAUUAGAUUAAAAAAAUAAUAAUAGAAUUGUAGCAUUUAAAAAGAAUCAGGAGUGUAUUCACUAUAAGCUAUAUUAAUUUCCAGGUUUUCGUUAUACUUAGUAUUUACUUUAGUAUUUUUGUUAUUUCUUUGAACAGAUACCAUUCCAUACCUUCAUGGUACUGAACUUGCAUAUAGUCGGUUAAAAUUUAUAAUGAACUGUUUAAGUGGAACUCUUAAUAUUCAGUAAUUUAAGUUCAGCUAUUUGUAUGUAAUAGGUUUAUUUAAUUUUAUAAUGCAACUUUAUUUAGAUUAGCUUAAAAUUUGUUACUUCCAACAGUGUUGGUAUGAUCAUCAAUUUAAAAAUAUAUCUGUAGAACUGUAUUAUUUCAUUAUCCAAAUAAAUCUUGAAUGCUGUAAGCAAUAGGCUUAGUUUAAAUCCCUUUUCCAGAUUCUUCAAUUCUUCAAUGUUCAAUUUCUUUAAACCUAAGUUUUAUUUAUUUUAAUACGAGACUUUAUAAAUCUGCAUAUAUUUAGACUAAGUUUUGGAAAAUUACACUUACCAAGCUAA